AUGAGCGCCGCGGCGGUUCGUGAGGGCGAAGUCAGGACUGGUCAGGCCAAAGUCGCGAUGAGGAGGGACGAUGGACAGAUGGCCAACUGGAUGGACGACGGAAGAGGCGAGGCGACGGCGGCCACGGCGUACAUGGACGAAGUACAAGUCGGGGAUGGUCCGGCGUGCAGGGACGGGCUGGGGGAGGUUUUUGGGGGUGGUUCAAAGGUGUGGGUGGAGUGCUUGUCGAGAUUAGCCAACGGCUCUAGCGACGCUGGGGCGUUAGUGGGGGAACAGCCAGCGACGGUGCGCGGGCGGCGGGCUGGCACGGUGCUGCAGGCGCUGCGGGUGCUGGCGGGCAGCAGCUGUGCCCCAGAUGGCACCAUCGCCGCGGCACCGCGUGACGGAGCUGCAGAGCCGCGCUCGCCCUCGCAGCACCGGCUUACUGUGCAUUGCGGUCUCGGCGCACCGUGGGCGCUGUUAGGCCAGUAA